UAACCAGCACUAGUUUGGUCGCGUCGUUCUGGCAAAGUGGCGCGUAAAUCGGCAAAUUGUUUAAAACCAAGUGAAAAAAACAUAGUUAAAAGCCAUAAAAUGGAAGGAAAAUCUAUAGUAAGCAGACAGGAGCCGGUGUUGCAUUUAGAUACCAAUGCACGUCGCAAUUUUAUCAAGUUCUACAACAAGCUGGGAGAGAAACCCAGGUCGACAGUGCGCUUUUACGAUCAAACCGACUGCUAUACGGUGCACGGCAGCGAUGACUGCGAACAGGUGGCCAAAAUUGUCUACAAAUCGACGGCGUAUGUGCAUCCACUGCUGCCGGACGACAAACAGGAAACGUUGCAGUAUGUGGCCAUGUCCAAGGCCAACUUUGAGCUGGCGGUGCGCGAUUUGCUACUGGUGCGCAAUUUGCGAGUCGAGGUAUACGUGAGACGCACCGAGUGGCAGCUGGAAUACCGCGGCUCGCCGGGCAAUCUGUUACAGUUCGAGGACAUUUUGUUUGCCAACAAGGAGGUGCUGGUGGGCAAUACCAUCAUAUCGCUGCAGGUUAAGCUGGAGGGCGGCACUCAGCGUCGAGUGGGAGUGGCUGCCGUUGAACAAAACGAUUGUUCAUUUCAGCUGCUUGAAUUUGUGGACGACGAUUUCUUUACCGAACUGGAGGCGACCGUGGUGCUACUGGGUCCCAAAGAGUGCCUGCUGCCAUCAGCUGAUGGCGAAUACACAGCCGUCAAGACGCUGCUGGAACGCAAUGGUGUUAUGAUUACGGUGCCCAAGCGUGGCAGCGCCGCCGAGCGCAAUGAUCUGCUGCAGGACUUGAAUCGUCUGCUGCGCUUUGCCAAGGGGCAGCAGGAGGAUGCCAAUGGUCGCAAGGAGUUGCAAAUGCAAUUGGCCGCCGAGGCGCUGCGUGUGGCCAUCCGAUAUUUGGAUUUGAUCAAUGAUGCCGGAAAUUUGGGGCACUACGAGCUCAAGCAGUUGGACCUAAAGCGAUUUGUGCACUUGGAUUCGGCCGCUGUGGCCGCUCUCAAUAUAAUGCCCAAGCCCGGCACACAUCCCACCAUGCCUUCGUAUCGCUGGCAGAGCAUUCUGGGCGUGCUGGAUCAUUGCCGCACGCCACAGGGCCAUCGUCUUAUGGCGCAGUGGGUGAAGCAGCCGCUGCGCAGCUCCGAGAUUCUCAAUGAUCGCCACAACAUAGUGCAGUGUCUGUUGGAGUCACCGGAGACAUUGGAUACGCUAAGUAUGGACUACUUGAAACGCAUACCGGAUAUCCUAAUGCUCACCAAGAAGCUGAUGCGUCGCAAGGCCAGUCUGCAGGAUCUAUUUCGCAUUUAUCAGGUCAUUUUGCGUACACCAAAGAUUCUUCAGCUGUUAUUGAGCCUGGAGCACAGCACAGUGCAGAGCGUGCUUUGUGCGCCCUUUAAAAGCUUUUUGGAAGAUCUAACUGGUCUGAAGCAAAUGGUCGAGCAAGUGGUGGAUUUUGAGUCCAUUGAAAAGGGCGAGUAUUUGGUCAAGAGCACCUUCGAUAAUCGCCUCAUGGAGCUGCAGCAGACCAUGACGGAAUUGUAUAACAAAAUGGAGCGUCUGCAAAACAAGUGCUGUGAGGAGCUUGAUUUGGAUGGCAAGAUGGUCAAGUUGGAGAAUGUGGCCAAGCUGGGCUAUCAUUUGCGCACCACAAUCAAAGAUGAUUCUGUGCUGCGCAAGAAUAAAAACUAUCGUAUUGUGGAUGUAAUUAAGGGCGGCGUGCGUUUCACCUCCGACAAGCUGGAGAGCUAUGCAGAUGAGUUCGCCAGCUGCCGCACGCGCUAUGAGGAGCAACAGCAGUCCAUUGUCGAGGAAAUUAUCCAAGUGGCUGUUGGUUAUGCGGCUCCGCUAACCUCCCUAAAUAAUGAGCUCGCCCAGCUGGAUUGUCUGGUCAGCUUUGCCAUAGCCGCACGUUGUGCUCCGACGCCAUAUGUGCGGCCCAAAAUGCUAGCCGAGGGCGCUGGCAAGCUGCUGCUUGAGGAUGUGCGUCAUCCGUGCUUGGAACUGCAGGAGCACGUGAGCUUUAUUGCGAAUAGUGUGGCUUUUGAGAAGGACAAGUGCAACAUGUUUAUAAUAACGGGCCCAAAUAUGGGCGGCAAAAGCACGUACAUACGCUCCGUGGGCACAGCUGUUCUAAUGGCCCAUGUUGGCGCCUUUGUGCCCUGCAGCAUGGCUACCAUAAGCAUGGUUGACUCCAUACUAGGCCGCGUUGGCGCCAGUGAUAAUAUAAUUAAGGGAUUAAGCACCUUUAUGGUAGAAAUGAUUGAAACCUCGGGCAUUAUAAGGACUGCAACGGAGAAAUCACUAGUUAUCAUUGAUGAGCUGGGACGCGGCACAUCCACAUAUGAGGGCUGUGGCAUAGCCUGGUCGAUAGCCGAGCAUUUGGCAAAACAAACGAAAUGCUUUACGCUCUUUGCAACACAUUUUCACGAGAUCACCAAACUGGCCGAAACAUUACCAACGGUUAAAAACGUUCACAUGGCUGCUGUGGCGGACGAGGAUAACUUCACGCUGCUGUAUCAGGUGCGGCCGGGUGUCAUGGAGAAGAGCUUUGGCAUACAGGUUGCACGACUGGCCAAUUUUCCGGAGCAUGUGGUACAAAAUGCGCAAGAGGUGUACAAUGAGUUCGAGGACGAACAUGCGGGCAAGCAAAGUGAGGCGGAUAAGGCGCUGCUGGAUAAGAUACAAGUGGCCAUAGAACAGCUAUCAACGGCUGGCAAUAAUACGGAUAUCAAUGUGGAGGAUCUAACACAGCUGGUGGCCAAGUUUGCCAAGGAUAUUAAACAGCUGGACAGCGAUUAUUUCAAGACUGUGCUAACCAGCAGCGAGGUUUAGCACACAGAAGCUACUUUAAUUUAAAGGAAAGUUUUCGCUUUUAAAGUGAAUAGUUGCUGUAAAAUAUUAAAAGAGCUUAGAGAUUAUAGUAAUAUAUACAGUAUUCAUACGAAAGCUAUCCAUCCAGA